GCAGCCAGUCCGACACUGAAGGACACCGAGAGAGGGGAGACUUCACAGCAGAGAGGAGGAUAAUAAAACAGGAAUAAAAAGAAGAAAAAGAGCAGUUCUUCCUUUAUCUCUGUCUCUCUGUGUCUUUGUGUUACUGACCCCUUGGAUAAAGAGGACAAACAGCAGCAGGAGAUCUUGUCAGAUCCUCCUCAGUGGGACGUAUAUCAUUUCCCAGAAUGCCACAGGUGUGAGCUCUCCAGGUGACCUCGCUGACUGACCCCCAACAUCCCAUCGGACGCCUGCCGACUCUCGACCAAUCAGCAACUAGUCACCUUCCUGAGAGGUGCCAUGGCAACCACACCUGCGUAAAGCAUCAGCAGUCCCCAGCUGCUGUACUGAGGACACUGAGGAGAGAAAAAGAAGAGAAGAAAAGGAUUCUGGGUGUUUUUAAUGGACUUGGUUUUGGAGUCACAGAGGAACUUGGGAGUUUGUUUGACUUUAAAAAACAAGGAUUUUUCUUCUCCUGGAUCCUGUUUGGGUGAUUGGAUGCAAAGAAUACAAUAACUAGCAGAACCCUGAAGCCUUGACACACUGGAUGUAAUGUAACCUGUGAAAACUGAACAAAAAAAAAGACGUUUUACAAUUUUUUACAAGGUUUUGCAAAAUGUUGUCUCACAGGAGGUGACAUGCGGCUCAUUGUGCCAUGUAGCUGGGACGACCUGCAGAAGCCUCUCAGAAACUUUUCCUCUGAACGCGGCCAUUUUUAACAAGCUGAGAGCUGCUGGAUGUAUGAACACACACACUCAUCAAACCGAAACAAAACACACACUCGAUAAGCUGAGCGAGGAGUUAUAAAGUGCUACCAGGUUAUUAUCGGCCCCGGCGCUUCCUAUUUUCGUCUUUAAUCUUUGUAUUCUGAGUAAUCAUCUUUUUAAUUAAUGGCGACGGCGGCGUGAAAUCUCCCCCCUUGCCACCCCCUCCUCCCACACUCUCCAUCCCGUCACCACAACCGCCGCCAGAGACACCUGAAACCAAUUAGCAACAGCAGAUCUAGAUGGGGAUUAGACACAGGGAGAGCAAGAGAGAUUAGAUACACAAAGAGGGUAAAAGGAGAAGAGUGAGAAAAAGAGGCGAGGGAUCGAAAAGGUGCCAAAAGCAGAGACGGAGGAGUUAAAAAGGAUCCCGUCAGUCAUUCUGGGUAAUCAAUUGGAGGGCGGAGCAGAGGGUGGAGCAGGGGGAGGAUAUGGCGAGAUCAGGGUGGCAGCAGACAGCAAAGAUAACAACUAGUUGUGAGUCAGCAGGUGGAGUUGACUGUAGGAGCCCCGAGUCUUGACCAUCCAGGACUCAUUGUCAUUCCUCGCAUUGUGCGGGUGAGCGAGGGAGGGAAGCACAGAGAGAGAGAGAGAGACAGAGAGGAGAGACUUUUGGCUGGUCGCCACGAUCAGGGCCAAUUAAGAGAAUUUGAUUAUAUGCCUUGAUCUUGGCAGUCAGGUAGAAAAGCAGACAGAGGGAGAAAGAGGAGACCGAGCAGGUGCCACCGAUACACACCAUUAUCUCAGUCCGUCUGUAAAUGAGUCUGUCUCUGCCCCCAUCCUGUGUUUGCUUCGUCUCAUCCACAAACCAGAUCUGUCUUCUUGGAGAGGCCUGUCGAAACAGGCGAGGCUUCUUGAGAGAGAAAUAGGGGAGAGGAAGACGAGAAGGAAAAGCCCUUUUUCUGCCUCAAAUGUUAAUUUUUCACGUUCUUGUUUAGCGACAAGAAUCCCUUUCCCCUCCGUCCAGGCCAGACAGAUUUACUCAAUCUGAAGGACAUUUUUUUCCCCCUUCAGUUUGCCCAAGUCUCAUUCCUCUUUCCAUAUUUGUCUUCUUCUUCCCAAUGUGGACAUGUCCUAUCUAGAAGUUUUCCUGCAGCCUCCACGAUCUCCAUAUCAAGUGUGAGAUAAAAAGGGACUGAUAGACAAAGAAAUAAAAAGGAGAAAGACAGCAAGGGACCAAAUCUGGAGAGGACGCAGCAGAGACUUUAUUUCCUCAGUCCCAGACACCCCGAGGCUCCUGCCAACAGUCCCUAAAGCUUCAGUUUCCCUUUUUAAAAUUCGUCUUUUCCCCAGAGUUGUUUGCUCUCCUCCUUGUGGAUCGUAUACUGUGCACCGCCAUCCAUCAGUCCCUCCAUCCAUCUAUCCUGGACCCUGCUGAGACUAAACUGGCUUCUGUUAUCAGAGGGAAUCUUUUGAUAUCAGCUCCUGGUGUCGUCAUCUUCAUUCUGUGGCGGUACAGGCAGCCAGCAGACCAUUCUCCAUGAGGAGCAGUGGAAGAUGCCGGCUCUGCCAGCACUGCUGCUGUCGAUUUACAUCACUGUCCUGCUGCUGACCAUGGCACCGCUCUCCUUCAGCCAGGCCAACACACUCUCUGCCGUCCGGAUGGCGGCCAUUUUGGAUGAUCAGUCAGCAUGUGGUCGUGGUGAGCGUCUGGCACUGGCUCUGGCGAGGGAGAACAUCAACAGUCUGAUGGAGGGCUCCUCCCAGGCGAGGGUGGAGGUGGAUGUCUACGAGCUGCAGAAGGACUCCCAGUAUGACACCACUGACACCAUGUGUCAGAUCCUGCCAAAAGGCGUGGUCUCUGUGAUUGGGCCCGCCUCCAGCCCUGCCUCCGGGUCUACCAUCAGUCACAUCUGUGGGGAGAAAGAGAUUCCUCAUGUGAAGAUCGGUCCGGAGGAAACUCCGAAGCUCCCCUACCUUCGCUUUGCCUCAGUGACUCUUUACCCGAGUAAUGAGGACCUGAGCCUGGCCAUUGGAUCCAUCCUGCGCUCCUUUGGCUACCCAACAACCAGCCUCGUCUGUGCCAAAGCAGAGUGCCUGCUGCGAUUGGAGGAGCUGGUCCACCGCUUCCUCAUCUCCAGGGAGACACUGUCGGUGCGAAUGCUGGACGACAGCCUUGACCCCACCCCCUUGCUGAAGGAGAUCCGUGACGACAAAGUGGCCACCAUCAUCAUCGAUGCAAACGCCUCCAUCUCUUAUCACAUCCUUAGGAAGGCAAACGAGUUGGGGAUGACGUCAGCCUUCUACAAGUACAUCCUCACCACCAUGGACUUCCCUCUGCUGCGGCUGGAUGAUGUGGUGGGCGAUCAGUCCAACAUUCUGGGCUUCUCAAUGCUGAACAGCAGCCAUCCCUUCUACCUGGAGUUCAUCCGGAGCCUCAAUUUGUCCUGGAGGGAAGGCUGCGAUAUCAGCCCGUACCCAGGACCAGCGCUGUCGUCGGCCCUAAUGUUUGAUGCAGUUCACGUGGUGGUGAGCGCUGUGCGGGAGCUGAACCGCAGUCAGGAGAUUGGAGUGAAGCCGCUAAGCUGCACGUCUCCGCUUAUCUGGCAGCAUGGAACCAGUCUCAUGAACUACCUACGCAUGGUGGAGUAUGAUGGCCUGACAGGUCACAUUGAGUUCAACAGUAAAGGCCAGAGGACCAAUUACACCCUGAAGAUCCUGGAGAAACACCCCGUGGGCCAUAAAGAGAUUGGUAUCUGGUACUCCAACAACACGUUGGCCAUGAACUCCACUUCCCUCGACCUCAACGCAUCAGAGACGCUGGCUAACAAGACACUAAUCGUCACCACAAUACUGGAAAACCCAUACGUGAUGCGGAAGGCCAACUACCAAGACUUACAGGGUAACGACCAGUAUGAAGGUUUCUGUGUGGACAUGCUGCGGGAGCUGUCAGACAUCUUGAAGUUUUCCUUUAAGAUCAAGCUGGUGGACGAUGGGCUGUACGGAGCCCCAGAGCCCAACGGCAGCUGGACCGGCAUGGUGGGAGAAUUGAUCAAUCGGAAAGCAGACCUGGCAGUGGCCGGCUUCACUAUCACCUCAGAGAGAGAGAAGGUGAUCGAUUUCUCCAAACCCUUCAUGACUCUGGGGAUCAGCAUCCUCUACAGGGUUCAUCUGGGCCGUAAACCGGGUUACUUCUCUUUCCUGGAUCCGUUCUCUCCGGCUGUCUGGCUCUUCAUGCUGUUGGCUUACCUCGCCGUCAGCUGUGUCCUCUUCCUCGCCGCCAGGCUCAGCCCUUAUGAGUGGUACAACCCCCACCCAUGUCUGCGGGAGCGGCGGGACAUCCUGGAGAACCAGUAUACGCUGGGAAACAGUCUGUGGUUCCCAGUGGGUGGCUUCAUGCAGCAGGGCUCAGAGAUCAUGCCCCGGGCUCUGUCCACACGCUGUGUCAGCGGAGUCUGGUGGGCAUUCACCCUCAUCAUCAUCUCGUCUUACACGGCCAACCUGGCGGCAUUUCUGACUGUCCAGAGGAUGGAGGUUCCCAUCGAGUCUCCAGAUGAUCUGGCUGACCAAACCAACAUCCAGUACGGCACUAUCCACGGAGGAUCUACCAUGACCUUCUUCAUGAACUCACGGUACCAGACGUACAUGCGGAUGUGGAACUACAUGUACUCCAAGCAGCCCAGUGUAUUUGUGAAGAGCACCGAGGAAGGCAUCGCCCGCGUCCUCAACUCCAAGUACGCCUUCCUGAUGGAGAGCACCAUGAACGAGUACUACCGCAGUCUCAACUGCAACCUCACACAGAUCGGAGGACUGCUGGACACCAAAGGAUACGGCAUUGGCAUGCCUCUGGGCUCUCCGUACAGAGAUGAGAUCACUCUGGGGAUCUUACAGCUGCAGGAGAGCAACAGGCUGGAGAUCCUGAAGAGACGCUGGUGGGAGGGAGGACAGUGUCCCAAAGAGGAGGACCACCGAGCCAAAGGUCUCGGCAUGGAGAACAUUGGAGGGAUAUUCGUGGUCCUGAUCUGCGGCCUCAUCAUUGCCGUCUUCGUGGCCAUCAUGGAGUUUGUGUGGGCGACGCGCCGCACCGCCGAGACGGACGAGGUAAACCUUCAUCAUCAUCCUCCUCCUCCUCCUCUUCCUCUCUCGUCCUCCUCCUCCUGCCCUGCCCCCGGCCUCAACCUCAGCUCAAACACCUCAGUCUCUGUUUGUCAGGAAAUGCUAACAGAGUUUCGGAACGCUGUCUCCUGUAAGAAGAGUUCUCGCUCUCGACGCCGCAGGCCACUGAGCAGCGCUGGUGGCGGGGUCCUACGUCACCCGUCCCGCCUGGCUCUGGCUGCGCCACGCCCCAUCCGCCUGGUCCGUGAGAUGCGUCUCAGCAACGGCAAACUGUACAGUGGUACCGGCUCGCUGACGGGUGGGCUGGGGGGAGGUCUGGGAGGAGGUCCUGAUUUGGGCCCAGGGCCACAGAGGCUCUUGGAGGACCCACUAGGCGCUAACGCUACCACCAGCACGCCUCCUCCCCCUCCUCCAGCAUCGGCACUGGUGGCUCCUCCCGCCCCACUGCGCAGCUUCCUGCAGGGCUGCAGCCAUGUGCGCAUCUGCCAGGAGUGCCGGCGGAUCCAGAGCCUGAGGCCAGCCACGCUCACACCUCCCCCACCUCCCCCUCCUUCAUCAUCCUCCUCCGCCUCCUCCUGCUCCCGGAUCCCUCCUUCUGGAAUGACGUCGGGUCACCACCUCCGCCACAACCCCCACCACCACCUCCACUACCACCACGGCUCCAUGUCACUGCCCCGCCUCCCGCCGCCACCUCCUCCGAUCCCAGCAGACAGAGCCGACAGCGAUGGAGGUGGGGGGACAGGGAGCCCACGACGGGCAAGUACCAAACCGCCGCCACCACCUCGGCCACUGCCUCCACCCAAGACACCAACACGCCCACCAUCAGACUUAUUGUCAGGGCACAACUGAGCAGAGACACACUGUGUAGGCCAUCAUCAGAGGGGUCAAAGAUCGUGGUUUUAAGCCCUCUGUGAAUUUUACUUUUUGGCCCCAAAGAUGCAGCUGAAACAGUCCAAACUGGCCUAUCAGCAGGGGUGGAUAGAAGAAACCAUUUGGACCCAUUUGCAGGGUUAUUCAUAACCACAGCGCCACUUUGGCUCAGUGGAUCAUACCAGAAACCUUUCCACAGGGUUGGACAGAUUAAACCACUUUGACCUGAGUGCAGGGAGGAUAAAAUCAAAUGUUAUAUUUCAGAUUAAACCAGCUGAGGUGUUUGGAUCACAGGGCUGCAGAGGACGGACAAACAGGAAGUGGCUGCCAAAUGGACACCAUCCUGGGGGCUUAUUUGUUGUGCCCACAUUCAGUCCCUCACCUCUUGCCUCGGCCAAUCAUCACGCUCCGUGCCAAGUGAGGAGGACCCUUUCUCUUAAUGUUUGAAUACUGAAGCAGGUGUUUGUAUAGAGGGAGAUCUAAACACACACACACAUACACACACACAGUAGCAGAGCAGCUGUACAGUUUCAUGGUCAUAUGUCAAUCAUUUGGACGUCUCUGGAGGAUGUAGCUGUUGCUGUAUGUGCAGACGUCUGAAAAACUGACCAACCGGUGCUGUGAUCCACAAAGCAGACACACAGAUGCUUCAUUACUCACCUGAAGUAUACGAAGCUGUGCUGGGUAGGGCCAGUUCUUCUUUUCCAUGUAAAGGAUAACUCAAAAUAAGACGGUCUAAAAUAUGACACAAAUGGACAGGGAGGAGACAAUGAAAAUACUUCUUCCCCAAGUUCAUUAUUUUUGUGUAAAAAGGUGGUUCAACUGUUGAUUAGAUCCUUGUUUGAGCUGUCUGGUUACACAGCUUUAACAGUCAACCAAUCAGAAACUAGUAGGCCUGUUUUCACUUACUAUGGCAUUAAUCAUUUUUAGCUCCUGUUUUUGAAAGAAUAGGUCAACAGUUCGGGGAAUAUGGCCAUUUGCUUUCUUUCCAUGUUUUAGGUGUUCAGAUGGAUAUCAGCCUCUUGUCUGUGUGUUUAGUUUGGAGAGUCAGGACGUGCUUAGCUUAGCUUAGCACAAAGACAGGCCUGAUCUAACACAAGCCUGUCAGGGGGCUUUUGACGACUUUUGGCAACCAAUCAACAGGACAUCACAAAGAAAUAGUUCCACCAUGUAUCUCACCUAAAAUCACACACCGUUUUAGCAUUUCUGUUUGUGUACAGAUUUAACAAACAAGAUACCAAGUGUUUAUCUGUAAGUUUUAGAGGUGGUAGUAGGUGUAGUUUCUAACUUUUGACAAAAGCAGGUACUGUAGGGUUGAAAUGGUGUACAACUUUCAGGUAUACCCUAAUAUUAAAAUGUACUGUGUACAUUUGCUUAUCUAAGAUAUUUUAAAAAAAAAUCUCACCUUUAUUCUUUUUUUUUCAAAAAGAAGUCUUUUUACAAACUAUCUCCAUUAAAAAAUGGUUUCAAGUUGCAAAUAUGUGUAACACUGUCUAAUGUGCAUAUAAUAAAAUUACUGUCAUGCACUCUAAAUUUAGGCCAAUCAGAAGAAAUAGAUACGUUCAAGGAGGAUUGAUGGAGCAGGACAACGGUUUGAAAAGAGCAGUAAUCAAAAUAGCCUUUAUUAGCAAAAGUGCCACCUUUAAGUGCAAAACACGGAUAUUUCAGAUAUGACUGAAAACUUCUUUUUCCUUGUAUCAGAAAUUAGCAGCACUCAGAAAACUGCACUGAAUAAUGGUUCAGAACACUUAAUAGAACAGCAGAACACUUCACAGUGUGAAUUAGUAAAUAUGGGCCCAAAAUAAUAAUCAAAAAGAAUAAAGUCCAAAAAGAGUCCAAAAAGUCAAGUCUGGAUUAAGUCAGUGUUCACAGUUUGUCCUUCUUAUGUUCUAUGUCGUAUCUGUAUGAAGAGAUGUUCUUUCCAAAGCACAGUGAAGCUCCCGCUGACGUCACACCCUCCACGCGUGUAGGCCUGCGUCCCGCUCCACGAUCCACCGGUCUAGGCUCUGGCUCACCGUAAGAAUCCACUCAUACAAAAAAAACAACCUGCAUAGAGCAGUAGUAGUAUCUCUUUUAAAUAAAUUAGUAUUUAUCUCUUUAAUCUCUCUUCUUCAUGCAUUUAUCUUUUUAUCUAUUUAUCUUAACUGUACAGUAUUAACUCUCUUUUUAUCUUAAAUCAGUGAACAUGAACUAUUCAAUGACAAAGUAUCAUAUACAGCUGCACAAAACUUUUUAACAGCCAACACACAAUUAUGUGUCUAUAUAUGAAUUUUAAAUGUUUUUUUUAAACCCAUCACAGCUUAGUGUGCACAAAUCAUGAAAUGAAUGACUUUAAAUCAUGUUUUUACCCAAGAAAAUGAAAUGAAUUACCUUCUGUAAGCUCAAGUGCUCACAGCUGCGUGUGUUUUACCUCAACAACCAGCUUUCUUAGCUGUAUAGCAUGUGCUAGCUCAAUUAACACAUACAUCGUUUUUUUUCCCACAGAAAUACACAAUAGAAUACAUUUUCAAACUCAACACACGUUUAUCAGUCUCCGGUUGGUUUUUUUUAACACUAUCUCAGAAGCAUAACUAUACGUGGUGGAGCAGGGUAUGAAAUUAACAAAAUAUUUUGGGGGCAAUUUUGGCCCCCACGGUCUAAAA